AACACUCUAAUUUCAAUUCAUUCUCAAAUUCACCCUUCCGCCCCCUCACACCGCUCUCUCCUGCUCUGGAACUUCCAUUCCGAAGCCGUCAAACCCUAGCUACCUUUCUCGAUGCCCUCUCGCCGGGAUUCUCGUCGCCCUUUCUCUGGUCGCUGUUGCGCCGCCAAGGGCCGCGCUAGAUCGUGUUCUAGCUAAUGUAUUCCGCCACCCCUCCUCUGCUAGCCACCACCCCCGCUGCCUCUAAGCCGCUGCCACCACCCGGAGAGAGGACGGAACUGCUCGUCGUCGACGCCUUCUCAUCGCUGCCCUCCGCUGCUCUACGCCGAAGCCCUCGAUUCUGUCUCCGUCACUCCCCCUCCGGCGCCUUCCUCUAUUUCUCCUACCUCUUCCAGUCCAUCUUCCUCCUCCUUCCCUAUUUCUCCUCCCUACGCCGGAUGCAGGGGAUUGAAGUGGGGGCGACGGCGACGACAAACCGUGCCUCCUCGCAGACCUUCGAAAGAUGGCGCUGCUCAACGGUCUCGCUGGGCUGCACUUCUGCCUCCGUUGCAGCUGCCCUAUCUCGAAGUUGGAAGGUUAGGGCCCUAAGUGCAGUCUCCGCCACAAGAAGAUGCUGGAAUGAUAGUGGCAAUAUUGAUAUUAAAUUUGUUCGGACCUUUCUAAGACAGGUCAUAAGUGAUGAUGGUAUUAUAUAUUUCAGCAGGUUGGAAGGUCCUACUUGUUCUCUGCAGUUCAUCUCGACCCCUCAAUCCAUGCAGAUGCAGAUGCUCUUCACUUUGAUCCCUCCAGAUGGUUCAAAGCUUACUGCUGCAGAAACUAACCAAGAAAAGCUUCUUGUUCUUCCCAAGGUCUUUGUGGGAUCAGAAUGGUUAAUGGAGAGUAUGAGAGUUAUGGAAGAUGAGAUAUGCUAUCAGGCAAAAGAAUGUAAUUAUAGACAUAGCUGAACAUGCACAUUCUUUUAGUUAUCAAUCCUCUUUUAAUGGAUUAUAAUGCAGAAGAAAGCUAGAGUGAAAAAAGACAAGACCGUUGAGAACGAAGACUUAAAGAAAGCAAGGUGGGAGUGUCGAGAAUGAAGACUUGUAGUUUUUUGUAUGGAUGUUGGAGAUGUUGUAAAAUAAUGGAUCUUUUAUGGAUGUUGGAUGGUUGAUUAUUAUCAAUGAUUAAAUGAUAUUUUCAAUA